AUGCGUACGUCAUCAAGGCAAGAUCAAGACAAGAUCAAGACAAGAUCAAGACAAGAUCAAGACAAGAUCAAGACAAGAUCAAGACAAGAUCAAGACAAGAUCAAGACAAGAUCAAGACAAGAUCAAGACAAGAUCAAGACAAGAUCAAGACAAGAUCAAGACAAGAUCAAGACAAGAUCAAGACAAGAUCAAGACAAGAUCAAGACAAGAUCAAGACAAGAUCAAGACAAGAUCAAGACAAGAUCAAGACAAGAUCAAGACAAGAUCAAGACAAGAUCAAGACAAGAUCAAGACAAGAUCAAGACAAGAUCAAGACAAGAUCAAGACAAGAUCAAGACAAGAUCAAGACAAGAUCAAGACAAGAUCAAGACAAGAUCAAGACAAGAUCAAGACAAGAUCAAGACAAGAUCAAGACAAGAUCAAGACAAGAUCAAGACAAGAUCAAGACAAGAUCAAGACAAGAUCAAGACAAGAUCAAGACAAGAUCAAGACAAGAUCAAGACAAGAUCAAGAUAA